GACGCUCCCAGCGGAAAUACAAUGUUCAGCUUCCUUUUUUUUUAAAUUAGUGCGGUUGGUUCAUAGUUUGACUACACGUCUCAAGCAACAUACUAGUCUAUACUAGUUAUACUAGUACGAAUAACCUCUAUUCAGUCGAACAGCUAAACCGAUAACUCGCUGACAUCUUGAAGAGGACAAUGUCAAAAAUACCCAAAGGACACCUCCAUACGGAGCCAAAGAAAUCAGCCCAUAAAAAUGAAACAGCAACUUCAGCUAAGUCUCACCAAAAAGAUGGUGUCCUCAGACAAAAAGAACACAUAUCACGAGAAAAUGUUGCGCCAAAGGUCUACAAAGCGAUUUCCUCAAGAUAUGAACUGCAGGCAGAACUAAAGGAGCAAAAUCAACGAUUGGUGGCUGCCAAAGAGGAACUGCAGAAAAACCUUACGGAAACACAGCAAAGGGUCAACCAUCUGGAGCAGCAGUACAGUGAACUUGAAAAGGAGAACUGUAAGGUACAGAAAAACCUCAAGGACUGCCAGACAAUCCUAGUGGCUGCCAAAAUAGACCCAAUUUCAGGAGAACUAAUUGGUGAAACUGCACGUCAGAAUGAAGAAGAAAGAAAAGAAGUCAUGAGUGUCUCCACAGACCUGCUGGAAGAAUUAAAAGCUUUUGGUGACAUUGCAACUCAGCAGCAAUCUCGACUGCAGGAACUCCAGAAAACAAUGUUAGACCUGACUGAAGCACGAGAACAAAUGAUGCAAGAGAGACAGGCCUUUGCUCUGGAAGCUGCCGAUUUGGAAAAAGCGCUCACGGAGGCAGAAGCUCUCUUAUUGUAAAUAUAUUCAAUGGCCUUUUGUUAAAUUUGUUUGCAUGUGAGUUAAUAUAGAUUCAAAUGUUUUGUUGUUCAUGUACAGUAUAUGUUAAGGUCCAUAAUAUGUCUUUAAAUGCCAUUGUUAUUUUCAGUCUUGAUACCUAAUAAAUGUUCUCAUUUUGUCUUCAAAAUAAUGUGCUGCAGAUGUGUACAGAUCUCAUUAUUGUCAAGAAGAACAAUAUUAUCCUAAUCAUUCUUAAACAAGAUGACAAAGGAUUAGGAGAAGCUAAAUAUUCCAUACUCAUUACAUCAUUUAAGCAAUGUUUAAUGAAGAAUGUUGGGUUGUUAAUGCGGUGUGUUUUCUGCUUGUUCAAAAACUCCAUCUCAUCUGUGGCACAUCAUUUAUUUUUUUGCAUUUAUGAUUAGAUAGUUUUGCAUUUUUCAUUGUUGUACUCCUCAUGCAGAAUCUUCCAGCAAAGAUUAAAAAGUUAUAAAUUA